AUGGAGCUAAUUUUUGCAGUUUUGGUAUUGGCUUGCUUGUGCUCUUUUGCAUUGCCUGAUUCACAAGGAGAGGCACUCUAUUCAUUGAGGACUUCAUUGAAUAGUUCACCCGAACAGCUCAAGGACUGGAACAUUAACCAAGUUAAUCCAUGCACUUGGUCCAAUGUGAAUUGCGACCCUAACAAUAAAGUCACUUCUGUAACAUUGUCAAAUAUUGGAUUUUCUGGCAUCUUGUCCCCUAAAUUAGGAGCCUUGACAACUCUUCAAACACUUGCAUUGCAAGGAAAUGGCAUAACUGGCGAGAUACCAAAAGAGUUUGGAAGUCUGACAAGUUUGACCACCUUAAAUUUAGAUGACAAUAAUUUAACCGGUGAAAUACCAUCUUCCCUUGGUAAUCUGCGAGAGCUUCAUUUCUUGUCUCUGAAUCAAAAUAAUCUGAGCGGGAAUAUCCCAGAGUCAUUUUCAAGUCUUACAAAAUUGAUUAAUCUUCAGCUUGCCUCCAAUGCUCUACAUGGUCAAAUACCCCAGCAAUUAUUUCGUGUCCCAAAAUACAAUUUUACAGGAAACCACCUAAACUGUGGUGUAAAUCUCUCCCACCGUUGUGAAUCUGAUAUUGAUGAUUCAGGCUCUUCAAAUAAGCCAAAGCUUGGAAUUAUAAUUGGAGUUGUUGGAGGGCUUAUUGGUUUACUUUUCUUUGGAGGCUUGCUCUACUUUAUCUGCAAGCGUAGACACAAAGGCUACAAGCGUGAAAUUUUUGUGGAUGUUGCAGGUGAAGUUGACCGAAGGAUUGCAUUUGGUCAAUUAAAAAGGUUUUCAUGGAGGGAAUUGCAGCUAGCAACAGACAACUUCAGUGAGAAAAAUGUUCUAGGACAGGGAGGUUUUGGAAAAGUCUAUAAAGGAGUGCUAUCUGACAACACAAAAGUUGCUGUUAAGCGUCUCACUGAUUAUGAGAGUCCUGGGGGAGAAGCCGCUUUCCAGCGUGAAGUUGAAAUGAUAAGUGUAGCUGUUCACAGGAAUCUCUUACGACUGAUUGGAUUUUGUACAACUCCAACAGAACGCCUUUUGGUGUAUCCCUUUAUGCAGAAUUUAAGUGUUGCCUACCGGUUACGAGAGAUUAAACCUGGGGAGCCUGUUUUGGACUGGCCCACAAGAAAGCAGGUGGCUUUAGGCACGGCCCGUGGGCUAGAGUACCUACAUGAACAUUGUAAUCCUAAGAUCAUUCAUCGAGAUGUUAAGGCUGCUAAUGUACUACUUGAUGAAGAUUUUGAAGCAGUCGUUGGUGACUUCGGCUUGGCAAAGUUGGUGGAUGUUAGAAAGACAAACGUGACAACUCAAGUUCGUGGCACAAUGGGCCACAUAGCACCUGAAUACUUGUCCACUGGGAAGUCAUCAGAAAGGACAGACGUUUUUGGCUAUGGGAUUAUGCUCUUAGAACUUGUAACAGGACAGCGGGCAAUUGAUUUUUCACGCUUGGAAGAAGAAGAUGAUGUUUUGUUGCUUGACCAUGUCAAGAAGCUGGAAAGGGAAAAAAGGCUGGAUGCUAUUGUAGAUAACAAUCUGAAUGAUAGUUUCAACAUCCAAGAAGUAGAAAUGAUGAUCAAAGUUGCACUUCUUUGUACACAAGGAUCCCCUGAAGAUCGCCCAUUAAUGUCAGAGGUGGUACGGAUGCUAGAAGGAGAGGGUCUGGCUGAACGGUGGGAAGAAUGGCAGAAUGUUGAGGUUACUCGCAGGCAAGAGUAUGAAAGACUACAGAGGAGAUUUGACUGGGGAGAAGAUUCAGUUUAUAACCAGGAUGCUAUUGAGUUAUCAGGUGGGCGAUGA